AUGGGUAAUGCUAUUUCAAAUGGCAAAUUGAUAUCUCCAAUAACUAUUGAUGUUUAGUUAAAAGAAUCACAAUUAACUCUUAGGUUUCUGUUAGAUUAAAAAAAAUUACUAGCACUAUAAAAUACUCUUCCAAUAGAUUUUGAUCAAUAGUUAAUUUAAUUAAUCAAUGAAUUGAAGGUAGAACCAAAACUUUAUCAGUAAUUUUAAAAUGCUCCUUAAAGUAAUAAGAAAUCAUUUAUAUAGAUUUAAAAUACUUAAUACUAAAUGAAUAUUAAAAUAUUAUAGGAAAGAAUUUAUUAUAAAAUAUACCAAGUAAUGAUGUUAAUUAUUUCAGUUAAAAAUUAACAAACCCUACUCUCUAAGAUUUAGAAUAACUGCGAAGAUAUCUAAAACAUUUGUAAAUUCAUGAUUAAUAAAAUUAAUUGUUGUAGUUUAAUAAUGUAAUAAAUUUGCUUAUUGAAAAUUUAUUGAGAUUUUAUAAACAAACCCAGUAGACAAUAGAAAAAAAGAAACCUCCUUGUUAUUUAUAUUAAAUUGAAAUCUUAAACAUUUUAGAAAUCUUAGUAAAAUUUGAAAAAAUCUAAUAAUAAUUAUUGCAUAUCCCAGAUUCAAUCCAUAUUAUUUUAAAAAACUUGCAUCCAUAUCAUAUUGAAUUGACAACAACAGUAUUAGAAAUUGUAUCUCAUCUAUGUUGGCAUACUAAUGAAGGAUAUAAUUUGAUAGUAAAAAGCUUAAAUAAAUUAUUUGAAAACAACGAAAUUAUAUUUUUAAUGAACAUUUUAAAAAAAAGUAAGAAUGUUGUAAUGAUUGCAAUUAUGUGUUAAUUUAUAAUAACUCUUACUGAAUCUUCUACAUAAGAAGAAUAGAGAAAAAGAAUGAGUCAAUAAUUUAUAACUUAAGGAAUUACAGAUGUAUAUAAAAUUAUCACAAAUAAAAUAGAAGAAUUUGAAUACAAAGCAGAUGAAUUAAGGUUUGAAAUCGUCUUAUAAUAAAUAAUUGAUCAUAAUAAAUAGAUACAUUAAAUUCAAACAGAUCCUAAUUAUAUUGAAGAAAUUAAAUUGCCUAUGCUCUAUUAAAGAGAAUCUAGAAAAUACUUUGAUGUUACAGAAUUUUCUAAUUCAAUUUAAAUUAUUGAAGGCUAAAUAGAUGCAUUUUUAGAGAAUAAUAAAGAUAUUUCUCUUUAAUAACAACAACAAAAACCAAAAAAAUAAGAAAAACCUACUUUUCUCACUCCUUUAUAUUUAAAUUUAAUCGAAGAAGAGAUGGGAUAAUCUAAUUUAACUGAAUUUGUAGUUGGUUAAUCUAAAUAAAUUAAUAAAUUUAAUAGGCCUAUUAAAAAAGAAAAUGAUAUACAAGACAAUUUUUAAUUUGAAAUAAUGAAAUCUUAAAUUGAAGGUUUCAGUGAAAAAAAUGUUUUAGAAAAUUAAAUUAAAGACUAUAAUAAUUAAAAAAUAUCAAAUGAAGCAUUUGUUGAUAUUUUGUAAAGAAAAAUAGAUGAUUUAGAAAAAAAAUUAAAAUAAGAUUAAUCUAAUUAUUCUUAGUUAUAUGAAUAGUUAGCUUCCAAAAAUAAAGACUACAGAGCUCUUUAAUAAGAAAAUUAAUCUCAAUAGAAGAUAAUUCAAUAAUUAGAAAAUGAACUCAAUCAAUUAAAAGAAAAAUUGUCAAUUAUGUAAUUGGCUAAAGCUUAAAAGAUGGAAUUAGGAAUCCAUUCUUAAAGAUCGUCUUAAAAAUUAGAUGAUAAUGAAGAAAUCAAAUAAUAAUUAGAGUAAUUUAAAUAAGGUUUUCAUUAGUAAAAUUAAAAAUUAAUUAACUAAGAAAAUGAAAUUAAAAGUAAGGUUAUAGGUAUUAACAUUAGAAUUUUAAUAAUUAUAAAAAGAAUAGAAUGAAAAUUUGUUAAAAAAAGAGAUUUAAUUAGCAGAAAAAAAUAAGGAAUGCAGAGAGUUAUAAGCAACAAAUGAAAAAUUGAUUAAAAAAAAAUAUGCUAAAAAAUUAUAAAUACAAUAAUUGAGAGAGAAAAUAUAGUCGGUAAAUUAUGUAAAAACUUAAGCAACUAAAAUUCAAAGCGAACUUAAAACAAUAGAUUUUUAUUAAGAAGAACUUGCAAAAUUAAAUACAAUAGAGGAAUAAGCAAUAGUCUUAGAGUAAUAAAAAAAUGGUGAAAUGAGAGAAAGAUUAAAUGUUAAUGAAUAAAAAUUUUAGUAAAUUGAAGUUGAAAAUAAAAGUACAAUAAAUACAUUAUGUAAUAGAAUAACUAGCAAACACAUAAUAACUACUAAAUUAAAUAUAACAGUUAUAAAAAGAUAAGGAAAACUUAGAAAAAUUGCUUAAACAAUAAUAAAGUAUUUAAAACAAUGUUCAAUCUACUAACUCAUUCUCACAACCACCUCCCUCAUAGUCUGAAUCAAGUUAAACAAAUACUUCUACUCCUCCUCCUCCACCUGGUGGUUAAAACACUUUGCCACCUCCACCUCCCCUAGGUUCAAAAACAGGAUCUGUGCCUCCACCUCCACCUCCUUAAACUUAAACCGGAUUUACUCCACCACCUCCACCUGGAGGACCUAAACCACCUGUACCUCCACCUCCUCCAGGUUCUAGACCACCAGGAGGUCCAGAUCCUUAAUUUGGUAUUGUUGCUAUAAAAUAAAAACAAAAACCUAAUGUGUAGCUUAAGUAAGUUCCAUGGACAAUUAUCAAACCAGAAUAAAUUAAAAAUACUAUUUGGGAAUAAAUAGAUGAUACUAAAUUAAAAUUAGACUUCUCUAUUAUCGAAAAUCUUUUUGCUGUUAAACCAACUAUAAACAAUAAUACAUAAGGUGGUAGUGGAAUUUAACCUUAAAAAUCAGCUAAGAUUUCUAUGUUAGGACCUGAAAGAUUUAAAAAUUUAGAAAUUGUAUUAGGUAAACUUAAAAUGUCAAAUUAAUUAAUUGUAGAUAAUCUUUAUUUGUAAUUUUAUUUAAUUUUAAAUUUUAGACUUGAUGAAACAAUAUUAAAACCUAAUAUAGUUGAAUCUCUAAUUGCUAUAAUGCCAAAUGAAAAUGAAGUUGGACUAUGGCAUGAUUCAGAUUAAUCAAAUUUAGCAUUACCUGAUAUUUUUUGUAUAAAUAUUAGUUCAGUUAAAGGCUAUGAUUUUAGGUUAUUAAUCUUACUUAUUUUAGAUUAUUCUCCUUAAAAUUUAAAUUUAAUUAUAGAGAUUUAUCAGAAGAUUUGUAAUAAAAAAUACUUAGUUUCCAAAAGUUAAUUGAAAAUACAAAAAUUGAUAAAAAUAUAAAAGUUGUUAUGGAAUAUGCUUUAGCAAUAGGAAAUUAUAUGAAUGGUCAAUCUAUUAGAGGAGGAGCAUAUGGUUUUAAAUUUGAUAUGAUGGAAAAAUUAGCUGAUGUUAAAAGUACUGAUAAUAAAAGCAAUUUAUUAAUGUUUAUUAUAAAAUAAGCUGAGGAAGAUUUAAAAAAAGAAUUAGUUUUGAUUGAUGAAUCUUUAGAUGAUAUUGAAUUAGCUGGUAAUUAAUAUUAUUACAUAAUUUAGCUAAAACUCCUUUAAACUAAUUAAAUGUUGAUUUAAAUGAGCUUAAAAAAAAUUCAAAAAUUGUUGAUAAGGCUAUCAAAUCAAAAGUAUCCAAUCCAAUUUAAGAUUUAGUUGAAGAAAAAUUUCAGAAUUUUUAUUAAUAAGUUGUUGCAUAAAUAGCUGAAUUUGAAAUUUAAUUAAAAAAACUAGAAACCUAAUAUGAUGAGCUUUCAAAUUUUUAUGCUGAAAACAAGGUUCCUUUUGAUAAAUUUUUUGAAAAGUUUCAUAAAUACAAAACUGUUUUGAAAUAAGCAAAACAAAAUAAUAUCAAAAUCAAAUUAACUGAAUAAAAAGAAUUAGAAAAAAAAUAAAAAUUAGAAUAACAGCAGCAAAAUUCGUAAUUACAACAUUAACAACAAUAGCAAUAAUAACAAUAAUAAUAAUAAUUAGAAUAGUCUUAAAUAAAAAAAUAAGAUGGUAAAUAUUAAUUUAUUUUUAGACAAUUCACAAACAGAGUUAAAGAAACUUGAUAAAACCUAAAUUUUAAAUGAAGUUGCAAAAAGAAGAGAAUUAAAAAAGAAUAGUAUACUGCAAUAAGGAAAUGUUUAAGUUAAGCAAUAAAUUUAACCAUCAUAAACUCAAACUCAAGAGAAUUGA